CAGACGACACCAGAAUUGAUGUAGGGGUGUUAUUAUCAGUUUGCCCCACUCACCCUCAGCUUUUUCGGCGUAAGAAGUCAUGGAUUUGAUUCAUGAUUUACUGAAUAUAACACUGAUCCCAUCAACUUUCUUCGCCUUGCUUUUGCUUGUCCCUCCCUUUUAUGCGUUCAAGUUUUUGUCUUCACUCAUCAAAAGAUGCAAACCUCAAGAAUCUGUGUCCGGCAAAGUUGUCCUCAUCACCGGAGCCUCUUCAGGAAUUGGCGAGGAAUUAGCUUACGAGUAUGCGAGAAGAGGGGCUCGUUUAGCCCUUGUAGCCAGGAGAGAAGAUCGUCUACGCUCAGUGCUCCAUAAAGCCCUUCAACUUGGUUCGCCUGAAGCUAUUAUCAUUCCUGCUGAUGUUUCCGAUAUUCAAGAUUCCCAGCGCUUCGUCGACAGGACCAUCAACCAUUUUGGCCAAUUGGAUCAUUUGGUGAACAAUGCUGGGAUCAAUCAGGCCAAAUUUUUUGAAGAGUUCUCUGAGAAGUUGUCUGAUCUGGUUCCAAUCAUGGACGUAAACUUCUGGGGUUCAGUGUAUGCUACACAUUUUGCAGUUUCACACUUGAAAAAGCAGAGAGGAAAGAUUGUUGUGAUUUCUUCAACUGCAGCAUGGUACCCCACUCCAAGGAUGAGCUUCUACAACGCAAGCAAAGCAGCAAUGACAAGCUUCUUUGAGACGUUGAGAGCUGAAUUCGGUGCAGACAUAGGGGUAACUAUAGUGACUCCUGGGUUCAUUAAGUCAGAAAUGACAGCUGAUGAAUUUCUAUCCGAGAUCCAUGCGAAGAUUAUACCAGUUGAAACUGCAGAAAGGUGUGCUAAGGCCAUACUAAAGAGCAUUUGUAGGGGUGAAAUGUAUCUGAUUGAGCCAUCUUGGAUGAGAACUGGGUGUGGUUGAAGUGGUUUUUUGCAGCUGCUGUGGAAUGGUGUUUCCACUUUCAGUUUGUAAAGAUCCCAGCAGAGGCUGCAAAGAGACAGACGUCAAACAAUUAACUAGCACAAGAGACUGUCCUAUGUCUGUGACUUCAGAAAUUAAAUUUUAGUUUUCAAUGUUCACUUUUGAAUCAAAAAAUUAUGCAUGUAAAUUUACUGUCAUUCAUCAUUAUAUAGCCCUCUAAUGCAGAUUUAUGAAGAGAAUGGAAGUGCUAGGAGGAGCAGAGUUG